AUGGCCAGCUCUGCUGCAAAGCAGAAGUUGGCUGGCCGCCCUCAACCAGCGAUUCCUCUGUCGUCACCAAGAAGCUCACCAUCAUCUUCUCUGCCAUUUUCUAAACCAUCAACACCCGACGAUGAACUCACUCCGCCUGUAUCUGCCCUCAUGGAGUUGAGCCGAAAGUCUCGCUCGGGCUCGAGCUCUCAAUCUCCCCAAUCUACUGCCGCAAACUCACCCUCCCCCCCUGUUGAGGUUGAGAAUUCCAUGUCAGCACAGUCCACUGUGAUGCCUCCCACACGGGAUGAAAACACCCUUGACUCGACCUCCAAUACCCCAUCAAACGGGACCACCGCUAAUACCUCCUCGAACCAAACCAUCUCCCAGCUGAAUAUCCCAACCCAGUCAUUCAUCGAGCGCAAGUCAUGGGCAGACGUUCUUCGCCUGCCGCCCGAUUCAGAUGUCACCAUUGAAAGUGCCAUGAAGUCUCCAUCUGAAUAUUUCGAUGCCAAACAGAGUCCGAGAUCGUCACCUGAGACAUCCGGUCCUUCUUCCAAGAAGUCUACUCCACCCAACAACAAGAACCGAUUUUCUACCCAGCUCACUGCAGCUCACUUUCGCUCGGAGCCAAACCCCUCCAGCCCCUCUCCACCAUGUGCACGAAAUAGCUCGACCCACCCCUCGGGUGAGAGUUCUGCUUCGUCGAAAUCUUCUGGCAAGAUAGCCAAGUUUGCCAAGCUCAGCAAGGGUGUGGUGAUCAGCCCGUCUCCUUCCAGCAAGACCCCAAGAGGCAAAAAAGACAACAAUUCCUGGAAGAAGCACCAGGUAUCGGACCCGCUUCCCUCACCCGACAGCUCGCGCACCGUUUCGCCUGAAAAGCACGACCAAAACGACAAGGCAGAGGAUACCAAGCAGAUCGAGAAGAGCGAAAUUCCAUCUAGUCACUCAAGCUCUGUCUCUCAAGAAAAAUACCCCGAACCAACAUUGCCGCUUGCUGCGGGUAGCCCCAACAUCCUUGAGAACCUUCGAGGUCAAUUCGGCAAUCCAGCCUAUUCUGACAUUCAAAUUCUUGUGGGAUCCCAAAAAUCCCAACAUGCCCAAAACUUCGGACCAGGCUCAAACUACGAGGUCUUUUAUGUCCACAUGCCCGUGCUGCAUCUUAGCCCCUUCAUGCGUCAGAUUAUCGAGGCGAAGGCAUACGGACACAAUGAUGGCCUCCGCUACAUUCAUGUCAUCCUCGGUCCUUCUUUCAAUUUGGUUCCGGCUUUCAGUAUGGCACUCCAAUGCCUGUACAGUACACCUCUCAUUACAGUCAAAAAUCUAUGGGAGGUGGUAUUGAGCAGCAUAAACCACGGUCUGGUUUAUGGCAAGACCGUAGGGGAGUUUCAGCCGGGAAUCGCAAUGGUCCAUUUUUCCCUGUGCUAUGCUGUGUCCGGCUUGUUUUUGAACCUACCUGAAGUCAUCAAGAGAGGUAUGGAGCUUGCACAUGGUCUUCUCGCGUGGAACACGGUCGAGCUAUUUCUCCGAUUCGGAAUGGAACCCUCGGCCUACAUGAUGACCUGCCCCGAACUGUGCGACGAUAUGAUCGGUUCCCCAGCCCUCAACAGCAGCAAUACCGGGGAAAUAUGGCCACCAAAGAUCAGCAUGAGCCACAUGAAGGAGUUUAAUGAGAAGUGGCCUGGCGUGACCACCAAAAUUGCGUUGCAAUUCAUCGCAAAUGCGAUCACACCCGACUUCGCGGUUUAUGAACGAGCCCAGUCCAAAUUCGCCCCGUCUCGCAUUACAGGUCCCCUGUGGACUCUACCCAACUCACAAUGCUCGGACCCAAGACUGGAAAGUCUCAAAUUCGGAAGUUUUCCAUCAUACGCAGAGACCGCGCCGACCGACCCGUCUGUCCUCGUCCCUUCCGCGAUGCUUCUGACUUUGCCAUUUUCAGCAUUCGCAAAGCUCCUCAUCAUCCUGAACGAGCGCGGAACAGCUCGAGUAGACCUGAUUUUGGAAGUGGUUCGCUUGCGUGAGGCGCGUCGCUUGCAAGCAGUCAGGCAAUACCAGGGUCAGCUCUGGCCCCCCGGUACCAUCCACGGGCCAAGCCUGGAAGAGCUCGCAUAUCGCGAGUUCGUCAUAUGCGACGACUCACCUGUCAAUCCGAGAGGCAAGAACCCACAGGCAUGGGUAAUGCGUGUAUGGGUAGGGCUCUCACAUCCAAAGAUGGAGGCACUCAAGAGAGCGCACGAGGAGGAGAGGGAGUAG